AUGGAGCCCUUCCUCAGGAGGCGGCUGACCUUCCUGUCCUUCUUCUGGGACAAGAUCUGGCCGGUGGCCUCGCCGGACGACGGCGUCCCGGGGCUCCCCGACCCUGUGGCCAGCGCUGAACCAGAGCCCCAUGCCACAGAGCCCUGCAGCCCCCCGGCACCCCCACAGCUCUUCAGGGCGCUCUAUGACUUCACCGCGCGGUGCUCGGCCGAGCUGAGCGUCAGCCGCGGGGACAGGCUCUGCGCCCUCAGAGAGGACGGCGACUACAUCUUUGCCCGCAGGCUCUCCGGCCCGCCCAGUACCGGGCUGGUACCCAUCACCCACCUGGCCAGGGCCACCCCGGAGACGCUCUCAGACCACCCCUGGUACUUCGGCAGCAUGAGCCGCGCCCACGCCCAGCAGCUGCUCCUGUCCCCGGCCAGCGCCCCGGGCGCCUUCCUUGUCCGGCCCAGCGAGAGCAGCCGUGGGGACUAUUCGCUCUCAGUCCGGGCACAGGCCAAAGUCCACCACUACCGCAUCUCCACGGCGGCCGACGGUCUCUACCUGCAGAAGGGCCGGCUCUUCCCCAGCCUGGAGGAGCUGCUCGCCUACUACAAGGCCAACUGGAAGCUGACCCAGAGCCCGCUGCUGCAGCCCUGCGUGCCCCAGGGAGCAGCAGGCAGAGGCUCGGAGUGUCCCCCGCCCCCUCAGAAGCCCCCGCAGCAGGACGAGUGGGAGCGGCCUCGCUCCGAGUUUGCCCUGCGGAGGAAGCUGGGUGAAGGCUACUUCGGGGAGGUGUGGGAAGGCCUGUGGCUUGGCUCCACACCAGUGGCAGUCAAGGUCAUCAAGUCAGCCUACAUGAAGCUCGCGGACCUCAGCAAGGAGAUCCAGACCCUCAAGAGCCUGAGGCACGAGCGUCUCAUCCAGCUGCACGCCGUGUGCUCGGCCGGCCGGCCCGUGUACAUCGUCACAGAGCUCAUGCGCAAGGGCAGCCUGCAGGCCUUCCUGGGCAGCCCCGAGGGACGGGUCCUGGGCCUGCCUCUCCUGCUGAGCUUUGCCUGCCAGGUGGCCGAGGGCAUGAGCUACCUGGAGGGUCGACGCAUUGUACACCGUGACCUGGCAGCCAGGAAUGUGCUCGUCGGUGACGACCUGGCAUGCAAGGUGGCUGACUUUGGCCUGGCCCGGCUGCUCAAGGACGACAUCUACUCCCCGAGCAGCAGCUCCAAGAUCCCCGUCAAGUGGACGGCGCCCGAGGCGGCCAACUACCGCAUCUACUCUCAGAAGUCGGACGUCUGGUCCUUCGGAGUUCUGCUCUAUGAGGUUUUCACCUACGGCCAGUGUCCCUAUGAAGGGCUGAGCAACCACGAGACGCUGCAGCAGGUCAUGCGAGGGUACCGGCUGCCACGCCCGGCGCCCUGCCCUGCCGAGGUCUACACGCUCAUGCUGGAGUGCUGGAGGGGCAGCCCUGAGGAGCGGCCGGCCUUCGCUGCGCUGCAGGAGAAGCUGAGUGCCGCCCACAGGCGCCUCGGCCCUGCCCACACGUGA